GCCCUUUCUAGGGUCGUCGUGUCCGGGAAGUCUACUUCUCCCCGCGAACCCGCGACGUCUACAGACUACAGCAUUGCCGGUCCAAGUAUGGAGUCUACCUAUCAAAGCCUUUUUCAACGAAUCAUCUCCAAAUGGAAUGAGAAGAGGCACACAUCACCUGACACCUCCCAUGAGCAUCCCCGCCUCAUCAUCGCACUCGCGGGGCCACCGGGCUCCGGGAAGACAACCAUCGCCCAGAAAGUCGUCUCCGCCAUCAACGCCUCCCCAGAACCCCACCCGAAGUCCAUUGUCCUAUCCGCGGACGGCUUCCACCUACCCCUCGCAACCCUCCGGGCGCUUCCAAAUGCGGCGGAAGCCAUCGCCCGCCGCGGGGCACCCUGGACCUUUGACGACCAUGCCGUCGUCGAUCUUGUCCGGCAAUUACGGUCUUCAACUGGGCUGCGGCCCGUUCUCGCGCCGACCUUUGAUCACAAGGUGAAGGACCCGGUUCCCGAUGGGUUCACCGUGGAGGCAGGUGUCCAAGUUUGUAUCAUUGAGGGCAAUUACUUGCUCGUGGACGAAGAGCCCUGGAGCCAGAUUGCAGAUUUGGUAGAUGAUCGGUGGCUUGUGAGAGUUGAACCUACACUGGCACGGACCCGGGUUGCCGUGCGGCAUAUUGCGGCUGGUAUUGAAGACACUAUGGAAAAAGCUCUCUUUAAAGCAGAGAGUAAUGACAUGGUCAACGGAGACUUUGUUGACAGGCACAGUGAGGGUAGAUACGACAUAUUGAUCGAUAGCAUAGAAGAAUUGCCCAAUUGAGCAGCACCUUGGAU